UGGCCGUUGUUGCCGCGCUAUGUAAACCUGCCCUCUCCGCCAUAUUCGUCUUGAUACUCUUGAAGCCGCCGUAGCUAGUUGCCCAAGCUGCAUGCUCGCCAAAGCCACUGCCUAGUCUCCCACUGCUCGCCUGACCCUCUCUCACGUACGCCCAUACAUGUCUUACGAAUACGACAGCCGGUACCACCACCGCCCGCGCCAUGACUCCCACUAUACAUCAAGAGAGACGGACCCCUAUGCAUAUGCGAGGAACGACAAGACUCUAGCUGAGGCCCGCGAGCAGCUGGCAGACAUGCGCCAGAGCAACCCAUACACUUCGUCCUACAGCUCGUCCUACAACACCUACACCUAUGAGCCCCGCACUUCACCACCCCUCCCACCCCGGCGACCCGCGCCGCAUUCGUACAGGUCGCACACGCGCGAGCAGACAUGGCCGCCGUCACCAAGCGUCGAGGACGAGAGGGAGGCGCUAGCAAAGGAGGCGCCGUCCUCCGUGGGGUCGCCAGGGCAGGCCGAGGGUGAGCCGCCGAGCAACACGCGGGGCACUGUCGACCAAGACUCCCUGCUGGACGAGAUCGAGCAGCCGAGCGUCGCACAACACCAUGACCGCCGCUAUGUGCUCGUUUCCGAAUCCAGCACCGACAGUGACGGCGCGCACGGGUCCAGCACGCGUCGGGACCGUCGCCGGCGCAGCUUUGCUGAUCGUGGGGGCAUGUCGCACAUCAACACCGACGUGCCAGACCCUCCUGUCUUUACUGAGCGCGUGAGGGCGCCCUAUGGGUACUCGAAGCCCCAGAAGGAGUCCAUCGCGCCCUCGACUGCAGACUACAUGCGCUCGCCAGAACCCAUCACGCCUUCGAACAGCAGCCAUCCCAGGUCAGAUGCAAGCAGACCGUCGAGACCGAUGCCAACUGAAAGCCGACACAACUCCUACACGUCGCCAUCGUCCAAGAAGGAAUACGUAUUCGACUCGGACUCUGAGUCCGAGACGCACAGCACAACCCACCUGCGAACCGAACGAAAGCCCGCGCGUUACAGCUUCGUGAAGAGCGACCUACAAAGGGAGGAUCUGAGAACAAACCUGCGCGAUACACAGGAGAGGCCCGAGCCGCAUCGGCACGACUCCGGGCAGCGUCCCCUGCCGACGAUACGUAAGGGUGAUUCGUCAGGCUCGUACAAGGAGUACUCGAAUGCUGAGUCGCCGCGGUCGUCUUCGUCCUCGGUACACAGCACGCGGAGAUCGAGGCCUGUGCCCGUAGACACAGUCUAUGCUAACAGCUCACGGCCACUGUCAAGACCAAGCUCUCCAUUGCAUCGAGCACCCUCGCCUCAGCUGCCUACCCGAUUGCGAGACUCCCCUCCAGGCUCUCGGCCUUCGUCCCGCGGUGGCCCUUGGCCUACUUCCCCGCUCGCUUCUUCGUUCCAACCUUCUUCGCCGGGCCGCAGUCGCGUACCUGUAUCAGAGUCAGAUUGGCACGCCACCUAUCCUCCAGCACCUUCCGACGACAGGUCAAGACAACCCUCUCGAUAUGGUAGACACGACACCAUGCCACUCCCGAGGCCCCGCAUCGAUGUGCAUAGUCCGUCUCCUGCGAGGCAAUCCACUGGCGACUCCUUACCAUACCCCAUCGACGACCAGCUCAUUGACGUAUUCAUGCCACCUGAAGAGCACUAUCAAUUCGAUCAUUCCACCGUCGGUUCGCCGAGGCAAAGCUACGUGGACAUUCCGAGAGCGACGUCCCCGUCUCUCCCCGGCUCCCCGUAUACGCGAGAUCUACCUUCCCGGGCUAGGAGGCAAGAUACUGAGACAUUGGAGGAGCCGGCACGCCUAAGGAGGUCUAGGUCGGGUAGUUUCCGCUCACAACAUGGUCGCCGUGACAAGUCCUCUCGAAGGACCGCUUCAAUGGACAGCAAACUUCCAGAUUGCCCAAGACCCUACAAGACUGGACCUUACGAUGACUGGUACGCGCUUCGAGACCACAAGAACUUCAACAUCUGCCCUAGUUGUUACGAGGGUGUCUUCGCCGGGACGUCUUUUGACGUGGACUUCAAACAGAUAUGGCUCAAUGACUAUUCGUUGGAGCGGAGCUGUGACUUCAGCAGUCCGUGGACACGUCUUGCAUGGCUAUUGACAGUUCAACAACGUCGCAAAUCGCUCGAGCUGAUCUACGCAAUUGCGGAUGUCAUGGACACAGUAGCCAAGCCGUGUCCUGGAGAUCGUGAGGCAGGUGCAGAAGACCGUAUCAGCUGGUACGGCAUUACGAACCCACGCGAAGGUACCCAUGUAGCCAACUUUGCUAUAUGCUCGAGCGAUAGGAGGAUGCUCGAGGCCUUGUUGCCUUCUCUUCGUGGUUGCUUCGCUAAGAUGCCGAAGGACGAGAGGCACGUAUGUAGCUUGCGUACGAGCUCAACCCGCUUCCCAAAGUACCUAGAUCUGCUCGUCGAGCUAGACGCCGAGGCUGAAAUGUCCGGUCAACUACCUGAUCUGAACCGCUUCGUCAAAUUGUUGCGCGAAAACUCCUACAAAAGCGAGUGCGCGAGGUACAAAAUCUUGUUCCGUAAACCAUGGCAUUUCAUCCCUUCGCUGCCAGAGUUCACAGUCUGCGAGCAAUGCUACGACGAACUUAUAUGGCCCGCUACGCAAUCUAAAUCCACAUCGUCGUCCAUACCGCACAUGUUCAACAAGUCAAUCCAGCUAGUUCCCGGCGAAGACCCUGAUGUCGGGUCCAGCUGCUGUCUUUGGAGUCCAAGGAUGCGCGACGUCUGGAAGGAAGCUGUCAGGUACGACGACUUUUCUUAUCUGAAGAGCCAAGCGAAGGAGAGAAAGAGGGCGGAGUCCAAGUAUAUGAGAAACAGAAAAUCGAUUAUGGAGUGGAUGGGCGACGCGGAAAAGGGGAGUAGGAAGUGGAAAGAAGCAGAGGACGCUAUGAGGGAGCUGAAAAAGAGUUGGUAUACUUAUGAAUAAUGAGGUUAUGAUUGGAAUGGGAUAUGUAGACUCAAUAAGAAUAUGGUUAUUACUA